ACUACUAGGCUACUACCAGCCAUUCAGCUCAAAAUUGUACAACACCGGCACACUCCAUUACACGUCACUUUGUCGACACAAGUAGCUUUCAUUACUGGAAAAUGGGAUACAUUGGUUUUCUAAUGGUUUCUCUCGUCGGCAUCGCAUGUAGCUUGGGACACGGGUCACAUAAAGCUAGAUUUAAACUUGAAAAUGCCUUGGCUUUCCAACGGAGUUCCCUGCAUAGGCAAAAUGCGUCUAGGAACAUGAAACUAUUUGAAGGGGCUAAUGGAGAAAUGUAUUUUGGAGGUGGACAGCAUUUAUUUCGUCUCAGUUUCCAGGCGAAGCCUACCCAGUCCCUGACUAUGGAGCCUGUGAUGUUGUGCAUACAGGAAGCAGUUUCAAACUGUGGUAACAUCACUGUGACGCAGCCUGGGAGAGAUGGAUACCCUCUGUAUGUGUGCACGGCCUAUGGGGACCACACAAGCUGCUGCUUCAGGGCAGCAAAUGGCUCAUCAGCAGACUGUAGAAGUGAUUUUAUCAGAGGAGGAGAGCCGGCGCUGCUCACUGGAGAUGCCCUCUACACCACACAUUCGGGCUUGGGUUACAGAGAUGGAGUGUACAGGACCUCCAAGAACACGCCUCUCAUGCCCUCGAGUCAAGCAGAUCAAAGGUAUGUGAAGAUUAUAGAAAGAAGAAAUGAGGAGAAUCCAUUGCAAGACAAGCUGUAUGCAUUCUACACAGAGAAGAGUCAUGACCAGAGCCCAGAUUCUGACCUUUUCACCCCACGUGUCUCCCAGAUCUGCAAGGCUGAUCUCGGAGGUUCAAAGGACACCCUGCAGUUCCAGUGGACGUCCCAGCUGAGCAGCCGGCUGUCCUGCGGAGACCCCAGCAGGAAGCUGUACUACACCGUGCUGCUGGACGUGGCCGUGCUGCCGUCUGAGGACGGAGGAGACGACCGGGUCUACGGGCUCUUCAAAAACGGCUGGGAAAUCAGGGCUGUGUGUGUUUACACCAUGAGAGACAUCAGUCAGGUCUUCUCUACGUCUGCCUUCUCAAUACCCACCAACUCUCUGAAAGAACAGCCCGGUCAGUGUGUCCAGGACAGUAGGAAGCUGUCUCCAGACUUGCUCAAGUACAUGAAGAACAGUCCAGAGAUGGUGGAUUGGGUGAGGCCCAUAGGAAACAACAACCCCCUGUUGGUCAGUCAUCACCACUACAGCCACAUCCAGGUGGACCGUGUUGGAGGGACACAGGGACAGGAGGGACACAACGUCCUAUUGUUGUCAAUGGUUAGGGGUGCAGUUCACAAAGUCCUGGAGACCUCCUCUGAACCUUUCAUCAUUGCGGAGUAUCAUCCAUUCAAACUCGAAACGCACAUACUCAGCAUGCUGCUGCACAGUUCUGAAAAGAAACUCUACGUGAGCUCCAGUGAUGAGGUGGUUCAGAUUGAACUGAGGAACUGCAGUGUGUACGGGAACCAGUGUGCUGACUGUGUCUUAGCAAGAGAUCCCUACUGUGGCUGGAACAGCGGCCGUAAGACAUGUGCACCUUAUUCAGAAGGCACCAUUCAGGACAUUGAAGAUGGAAAUGUUCAAAAAUGCGCUGCAGAGAGUGGACCAGAUAAGGGUGCUGCUGAGACUGUUCACAUUCCUGAGUCGUCCAGACACUACCUGGCCUGCCCCAUUGACUCCCACCAUGCCACGUACCGCUGGCUGAAGGAUGGAGAGGAGAGGCAGUCGCUCGAGGACGAGAAGCAGGAGCAGUUAGUGCUGCUGAUAGAGGGCAUGGGGUCUGCAGACGAGGGCGGGUAUGAGUGUGAGGCACAGGAGGGAGACUACCAGAGGACAGUGGCCCACUACCAACUGAGGAUGACCAGUGGAGCAAUGGGACUGAAGAGCUCUCCAUUGGCGUUGGCCUUGCUGGCAUUUUUGUUUUCUGCUCUAUGGUAGCAGCACACUAGGGAAGCUUCCUAAAGGACACACAGCAGGUUUUACUGCUACAGCGCAAGCCAUAGAUUUAUGUGUUUCAUUUAUGAGUCUUACGUGAACAAAGGUAUUCUUUAAGGUGAUGAUACACGGGGCAACUUUUUGAGCAAUGUUUCUGGAUAACCGCAUAACCAGUUCCAUGUGUUCUGAUUAAAUGAUCAUGAAUAUUUGCCUACUGAUGAUGUAAGUUCUCCAAAAAAGUGUAGCCCAAUAUCAAUGGCAACUUGCCAGAACACGACUUAGGAACAUUGGCCUGCAACAUUGCUCAUGAAGUUGCCUCGUUUAUCAUCAGCUGUAAUGUGAGGCAGGCCCUCACAGGAAAUGCCUAAUAAGGAUUCUGCUGUAAAGUAACACAGUGUGGUUCUUUUACUUUAAAAUAAUGGCUUCAAACUCAUUUUGAUGAUACGCAGACUUAUAAUAGGCAGAACUGUGUCAAUACUGAAAUGCCUUCUGGACACCUGAUAUUGCACUAUGUAGCUUUGUGGCUCCGGACAAAGCUUAUGACCCAUUUCGUCAAUUCUCAACUGCACAUACCUGUACUGUACAUAUCUGUCUAUAUUGUUCAUACUGAAUAUCCAUAUUUAUUUUGCUCUUAUAAUGUUAAUACACUGCACAUAUCCCCACUGUAAACCAUGCCAUUUGCCUAACUGUAUACUACUGUCCACACUGCACUAUAUGUCAUGCACUGUUUACAUUUAUGUCUAUACUGUUCACAUUGCACUUUUCUGCAAUGUAAUCUAAAUCUAAUAAGGUACACAAAUUGAGGAAAGGGAUUUCUGUUUUACAACACAACAGAGACAGGAAUGUACAUCUAUAUCCUACAGAUAGGUCCUCUGCCUUA